AUGUACUGUCGUAAGGGCAUCAUUUUCGGUAUGAAUAUAUUUUGGGCUCACGUCCUCAUUUACAUUAUGGGUAAAAUUUCACGGUACGUUCUGUGAGAAAUAAACAACAACAAUAGCAACAACAAGUCUCAUCCAUUUUUAAUUUGAAACAUAUUCUAUACAUUUCUCUCAAAGUAGAAUACACUAGGCCUCCAUAUUGCAUUGCUGCUAGUCACAAGCAGUUGCUGAAGGUUGAAUUUAUUUAUUCACUUUAGAUGCAGGGCUUAUGUAUUACCUUAGAAAUGCUAAAUGAAGAGGCUCAGGCGUUUGAAAUUCAGGUGGAAAUGACUGGGCUUGAUAGCAUAGGAGAAUCCUAAUGGGCCCAUCAAAGACCUGAUUUGUACCCAACAGACGAGGCAGCUGUGAAUUGUAUGAAAUAUUGGAAAUCAAUAGCUUCUAUGGAAUUUCAUUAAGCGGCAGUAUCCACAAUUGAUAGGCCCUCAUAAUUUGAUGGAUUGCACAAAGAAAAUUAUUAUCUGGGCUCUAUUGAGAGGGCUCGAAUGCGCAAAACUGGGUCUUGAGAAUUGGUGAACUAGGGCAAUUUGUUCAGAGUAAAAAAAAAAGAAGAGAAUAUUGAUUUUGGUCACGUUAAAAGAAAGCAAAAAAAAUAAUUAAAGGUUAAAUCUUUGCAGAGCUGCUCUGCAGAAUAUGUGUUGAAAUUCUAUUGAUUAUUUAUUAAUUAAUUCUCCUUUUUUGUCUCCCUCCCAUCACUGUCUUUCUCCCUCCCCCUUCCAUCCCCUUCUAUCCUCAGCCACAGGAGAAGUGCUGGAUGACGCAGACAGUGGGAAUGAGAGCCGCAGUGGGAGCGAGGAGACCCACGUGUGUGAGAAGUGUUGCGCCGAGUUCUUCAAGUGGUCCGAUUUCUGCGAACACCUGACGAGCUGCAUCAAAAACCCCCUGGUGCUCAUAGUAAACGAAAACGAAACCGAACCCUCCCGGGAGUAUCCUGCAGAGCCAUCGCCCUCGCCAAGCUGCCGGAGUGACCAGGCAGACAGCGAGGACGCUGGAGAGGGCAGCAGCCACAGCCCCUGUGAGGACGAUGAGGGCGCAGAGAUAGCCCUGGAGGGGGGCAGUGCCCUGGACAAGGAAGACGAGCCCAUGGAGCUGUCUCUUGAGAAACCGGUGGACCUCGAAGAGAGUGACGCCUCCCCAGAGCCAGAUGGUGCUCUACCUCAGCUUAGCGAUUCUGCCCCAUCCUCUGUGAAGAGCUACAGCAUGCCGAGCACCAACGUCACCCUGGAGACGCUACACAGCACCAGCGUGGCAGUGGCCCAGUUCUCCCAGAGUGUCCGUGCCGCGGUGGGCGGGAGCGGGGUUUCCCCCUUGGCCAUCCCUAUGAUCCUGGACCAGCUGAUGUCGCUGCAGCAGCAACAGAUCCACCAACUCCAACUGAUCGAACAGAUCCGCAGUCAGGUGGCGUUGAUGCAAAGGCAGCCCUCCGUCGCCCAGCCGGCCCAAAACGACCACCACCACCACCACACCACAGUUGCUGGCUCCCAGGGGCCGUCAUCCUCCAGCCUCAAUGCCGUGCCCAGUCAACUCCAGCAGUUACACAACUUCAUCACUCCCCCUGUCCACCAGCUGCCCAUCAGGUUGCCCUCACCGCUAAACAGCCUGGGCUCCUCCUCCUCUUCCUCCCUCACCUCUGCUGUAGAUGGACCCCUCUUCUCCCAUACCCAGCAAAGUAGUAAUCAGCAGUCACAUUUUUCGAUGCCCAACACCACCUCAGCAAACUCCUCUUUCCCUCCAUCCAGUGGUAAUGUGCUGUCGUCUCUACUGCCUUCCUGCAUGGCUUCAAUCACACACAGCAGCAGCAGUGGAGCUGGAUCCACAGCUGGAGGCGGCAUGAGCAGCAGCACUACAGCUCUGUCAAGGAAUUCCAGCAGCCCCCCUUCACUAGGCCACAGCAGCCUCCUGAGCACCAGUCCCUCCAAUCUACCACUGAUACCUCACAGUUCAUCUAGCAGUGUCAUCUUCCCAAACCCGCUAGCCAGUAUAGCUGCCACGGCCAAUGCACUCGACCCACUCUCCGCUCUGAUGAGGCACCGCAAGGGAAAGCCCCCCAACGUGUCUGUCUUCGACACCAAGCCCAGCUCCGAGGACCCCUUCUUCAAGCAUAAGUGUAGGUUCUGUGCCAAGGUGUUUGGCAGUGACAGUGCCCUGCAAAUCCACCUGCGCUCUCACACCGGCGAACGGCCCUUCAAGUGCAACAUCUGCGGAAACCGGUUCUCCACCAAGGGCAAUCUGAAGGUCCACUUCCAGAGGCACAAGGAGAAGUACCCGCAUGUCCAGAUGAACCCUUAUCCCGUGCCAGAAUACCUGGAUAACGUUCCGACCAGUUCAGGCAUUCCGUAUGGUAUGUCCUUCCCCCCAGAGAAGCCCAUGACCACCUGGCUGGACAGCAAACCUGUUCUCCCCACGGUCCCCACCUCAGUCGGGCUCCAGUUCCCCCCAACUCUCCCCAGCAUGAUGGGAGGCUACGGUGAUUCUCCGAGCCUCACUCCCCUUAGCAGCUCACCCCAGAGGCCUUCCCCACCCUCCAGCGAGUGUGCCUCUCUGUCACCUAACCUCUUCACUGAAGCAGGCAUGAUCACCCACCUCACAGUCUCCGCAGCCCAACAUAGGGGGCAACAUGCCUCCCAUUCUGAAACCAGAGGGCAUCCACCUGCCCCCAAACCUCCCCACUUCCAGGCCUGGUGAGAACACGACCACCACCACCACCGUUACUCAAGUGGUCCUUGCCACCACGGUCACCGCAACCACAUCCACUAGCAGCUGUACUGAACCCAUCAUUGCCCCCUCCUCUGUCUCCCAUCCAAUCCUGCCCAUGAUCUCUGAUCAGUUCAAGGCCAAGUUUCCGUUCGGCGGCCUCCUGGACUCUAUGCAAACAUCCGAGACCUCAAAGCUGCAGCAGCUGGUGGAGAACAUCGACAAGAAGAUGACCGACCCCAACCAGUGUGUCAUCUGUCACCGUGUGCUCAGCUGCCAGAGCGCCCUCAAGAUGCACUACCGCAUUCACACGGGAGAAAGGCCUUUCAAAUGUAAGGUCUGCGGCCGAGCGUUCACCACCAAGGGCAAUCUGAAAACGCACUUUGGGGUCCAUCGUUCCAAGCCCCCUCUCCGGGUCCAACACUCCUGCCCCAUCUGCCAGAAGAAGUUCACGAACGCUGUGGUCCUGCAGCAGCACAUUCGCAUGCACAUGGGGGGUCAGAUCCCCAACACCCCCCUGCCUGACAGUCUCCAGGAGAUGGACACCGACCUCUCCUUUGACGAGAAGAGCUUAGACGCCAUGAGCAACUAUGAUGACGAGCUACUGGAUGAGAUGGAGGCAGCUAUGGAGGACGAAGCAGAGCUGAAAGUAGGAGAGAUGAUGAUGGACCCAUCCAAACCUCUCCAUCCAUAUUCAGGAAUGUCCCCUGGUCGCUCCCCACCUACCUCUGUCAUCUCCAGUAUCGCUGCUCUGGAGAACCAGAUGAAGAUGAUCGACUCCUCUGUCAAUAUGAGCCGCUCCUUCGGUCUGAAGCCCAUGCAGAAUGGUGGCGGGUUUGGAGGAGAGAACGACUUCUUCAUCAAUGACUCGCUGUGUGCCUCAGGGGACUUGGAAGGCCAGAGUGUGGGAAGCCCGGCACUAUCUGAGUCCUCAGGGUCCAUGCAGCCCCUCUCCCCUGCUCACAGCCACCCUGAGAGCCGUCGAUCCAAGUCCCCUGCCACACUCAACCAUAACAGCAGCACUGCAGCCGAGGAGGGGCAGGAGAACAACGGGAUGGCUACAGUGAAAUCUGAGAAGUCAGACACCCCAUCCCCGGCACCUGUGUCUGAAGGUAAUGGGGCAUUGGACCUGACUGCUAGCAUUACCCAGCCUAGCAGGCACUUCAUCAAGGAGGAGAACCACUUCAACAUGAUGUUCCUGAGCAGAGAUAGAGGUAUAUUCAAUGAUCCUAACUUUGAUAUGGUUCAUUUAUUGUUCAUUAAUUUGUUUCCAAGGAAAAUUAAUAGAUUAAUAAAUACAAAUCGCAAUUUACAUGAAUGAUAUCUGAAAUGUCUAAAAACAUGGUGUUCCACAUUUAUGUCAUUUGAAUAACACACGUCUCCGUUCUCCCAACUAAACAUAUCCUCUUUUUGUUUUCUCUCUCUAGGUCCGAGCAACUCUAGCUUGCUAAACACAGCAUCCAACAUGAUCAAAAUGGAGAUGAAUGGGCACAGGCACAGCAAGCCCAUGUCCCUGAAUGACAGUCCUCACAUGCCCGUGGGCAUCCAAGUGCCCGCUUCUGCACCCCAGACCAACAUGAGCCCCAGUAUCACCCCCAUGCUGGCACCGCCAACUCCCCGUCGCACCCCCAAGCAGCACAACUGCCACAACUGUGGGAAGAACUUCUCCUCAGCUAGUGCCCUGCAGAUCCACGAGCGCACACACACAGGAGAGAAACCGUUUGGCUGCUCGAUCUGUGGAAGGGCCUUCACCACUAAAGGCAACCUGAAGGUAUGAGAGAGAAUAUAAAUAAUAAUAUGCAUUUAAAGUAUAGGAGAAAGAGUACAUUUGUCUGCCUCAAAAAGAAAGUAAUAUAAAGAACAUGAAAAAAGACCAGAGGCUCUUGAAUAAUAAUGUCUGUUCCUUGUGUUUCCUGUUGACUGAAUGCAGGUGCACAUGGGCACCCACAUGUGGAACAAUGCACCAGCCCGUCGCGGACGCCGUCUCUCCGUGGAGAACCCCAUGGCCUUGCUGGGCGGGGACGCCAUGAAGUUUAGCGAGAUGUUUCAGAAGGACCUGGCGGCGAGGGCCAUGAACGUAGACCCCGGCUUCUGGAACCAGUAUGCUGCCGCCAUCACCAACGGCCUGGCCAUGAAGAACAACGAGAUCUCCGUCAUCCAGAACGGAGGCAUCCCCCAGUUGCCCGUCAGCCUGGGUGGAGGAGGUAUGACCUCGCUAGGGGCCAUGUCUGGAGGUAUGGACCGUAUGGACCGGGUGAAUGCCAGCAGCAGCCCUCCCAUGACUGGGCUGGACAAGACAGGUCUGGAGGUUGGGGCUAGACGCCCCUUCUCUCGAUUUAUGGAGGAAAAUAAAGAGAUUGGGAUCAAUUAA